AUGGAUAUAAUCUUGCAAACCAAACAACGUCAUUUCAGCAACAUAACAAAGCAAGACCUUGAACUUAUCCGCUCACUAGCAAACGAUGUGAACUUGGUCAUUAGACCGGCGGACAAAGGUGGAGGCAUAGUACUUCUUAACUACUGUGACUAUCGAGUGGAACUUCUAUCCCAGCUUCAAGAUACAGACACCUACACCAAACUUAAGGGCGACCCUACAGCAUGUAUCACACAACAAAUCUCAGCGAUUGUACAAAGAGGAGUGGAAGCUAACUUUGUGACAACAGAGUUACAGAAAUUCUUGAUCCAGUCCACACCUAAGACUCCGAUUAUUUACACCUUACCCAAGGUACACAAGAGCAUUGAUCAUCCACCAGGCAGACCCAUAGUGUCAGCCAUAGGGGGAGUACUGGAACCAUUGGCUCAGUGGCUGGACUAUUUAUUUAAAGAUACAGUUGUCAAGCUUCCCACCUGCAUUAAAGAUACCCCAGACCUAUUGAAACUUCUGGACACCAUCAAUUUACCCAACACUACUACACUGCUGGUAACGUGUGAUGUGAAAAGUCUCUACACAAUCAUUCCUCAUUUGGAUGGUAUAGAAGCAAUGCGCAAAGUGUUACAAGACUCAACAACAUACACAGGCCCCCCGAUUGAAUACGUCAUGGAAAUCCUGGAGGCAGUCCUUACACUUAACUACUUCAGAUUUGAAGAAACUUGGUACCAGCAAAUAGCGGGGACCUCCAUGGGAGCAGCUAUGGCACCCAUGUAUGCCAACAGCUUUAUGUAUAUAUUUGAGACCCUCCACAUUCUACAACCGUAUGAAGCAAAUAUUUUAUUCUAUAGGCGCUUCAUUGAUGACGUGUUCCUUAUAUGGAAGGGAGAUCACCAGUCCAUUUUGGAGAUGAUAGAGGCCAUCAACAGGGCACCCACACCGGUCAAAUUAACGAUGACAGUGAGCCAGGAUGCAGUGAAUUUUUUGGAUGUCCAUAUCUUUAAAAAAGAGAUGAAGCUUGGGUAUACUUUAUUCACCAAGACAACGGAUCGUAACACCCUACUCCAAGCUGACAGCUUUCACCCACGACACUUGAAAGAAUCCUUACCACUCUCCCAGUUCCUAAGGGUUAAAAGGAAUAACUCAGAUCCCAUGAGAGCAUGCUUACAAACUAAAGAAACAUGGAAUAGGUUUAAACAGAGAGGCUACAAGGAUGCUACUCUUCAGAAAGCACUUGAUAAGAGCCAACAGCCUAUGAGAGAGAAAAAAGAUGAUACACCACGACUAGUCUUUCCGACCACCUACAAUACGGCAUCCCACAGCCUCAAGAACACCUUGCACUCCAACUGGCGUUUACUAUCAGAAGAUCCAACACUACCAAAAAUCUUUCAGAAUCCACCCAUGUUGUGCUAUAAACGGGGAAAAAAUCUACGUGACCUCCUGGUAAAGACGGACCCAGUACACUGCUACACCAAACAACAAACAGCACAGAGCCUUGGUUGCUAUCGCUGUCUGGGCUGUGUCACCUGCAGCCACAUGAUACCUGGAAAAUUCUUCCAGCAUCCACACACUGGGCGGAAGUACCAAAUUAGGCAUAGGUUGACCUGCACUUCGGAUUUUGUCAUCUAUAAACUUCAGUGUCCGUGUGGCCUCUCCUAUGUGGGCAAAACUGACCUCCCACUGAGGGAACGGAUCCGCAACCACAGAUCCAACAUUCGCAUUGCCUAUAGGGACAAUAAGGCUGAACUCCCUGUAGCAAAACACUUUUUGGCCCAUGGCCACACGUUACCCACCCUGAAAUUUAUGGCUAUAGACCAUAUACCCCCCCUCAGACGUGGGGGUGAUCGAAGUAAACUUCUUCUACAACGUGAAACGUUCUGGAUAAAAACUUUGGACACAGUAUAUCCCAGAGGCUUGAACGAGAAGUACACAUUAUCUAUGUUUCUAUAGUACAUUUUUUUGUUUCCCUGUAGGAGUUAAAUACACUGUUUAAUCUCAUCCAAUAA